UUUUGUGAAAAUUUUGUUUAGAAUUGGUGAGAAAAAUGAAGAAAGAAUGGAGCUUUAUUCUUGGAUUAUUGGGAAUUUUGCUUCAACUAUUUUUGCUGGCUGAAUCUACAUUAACAAAACAGAAUGUAUUAAAGAAAAACAGUCAACUAGACCAGCAAUCUUUUCCACCAGUGCAAAUUCUUAGACUGGAUGAUGAUUAUGUUGUGGUGGAUAAUGGAAUAUUUAAUGUUACUUUUUCUAUUCCUGGUGGAAUGGUCACUGGAAUACAAUAUAAUGGAAUUGAUAAUUUAUUGGAAAAUGGAAAUAAAGAUGAUAACAGAGGGUAUUGGGAUAUUGUGUGGAACAAACCAGAUGAAAAAGGGAUUUUUGACAAACUUCAUGCAGCAGAUUUUAAGGUUAUUAUGGAAGAUGAAAAUCAAGUGGAGCUUUCAUUCACAAGGACUUGGGAUUCUUUAGAUUCCAAACAACUUUCCAUGAAUAUUGACAAAAGGUUUAUAAUAUUAAGAGUAAUUUCUGGAUUUUAUUGUUAUGGAAUUUUGGAACGUUUAGAAGGAUGGCCAGAUAUUGAUGUUUACCAAGGAAGAAUUGUCUUCAAGCUCAAGGAAAAAUUGUAUGUUGAUGACAAAUAUCAAUAUUCUUGUGAAAACAAGGAUAACCGGGUCCAUGGAUGGAUCAGCCUGACUCCACGAACCGGGUUUUGGAUGAUUACACCAACCGAUGAGUUCAGAACGGUACACAUUAUGAACUCACUUGCACCUGAUGAGCCAGACACUCUCACACUUUGGACCGAUGCAAAAGAACAAAUGUUCGUUGAGACUGAAAAUUGGCCGUAUAAUUUCCCUCUUUUGGAGGAUUAUGCUCGAGCUGAUCAAUGUGGUAUUGUAAGUGGCAGAUGGCUCGUUCGAGAUAGAUAUGUUAGCCAAAGUCUUAUGAUUGCAAAUUCAGCUUUUAUUGGACUGGCUGCUCCUGGAAAUGUUGGAUCUUGGCAAUUAGAAAAUAAGGCUUAUCAAUUUUGGACUCAAACUGAUAGUGAGGGAUAUUUCUUGAUCAAGAAUGUUAUUCCUGGGAACUAUAGUUUAUUUGCUUGGGUGCCUGGAUUUGUUGGAGAUUACAUGUACGAUCCGUACAUUAUUGUCACGCCAGGAUCAAGAAAAAGGGUAGAAACUCUUAUAUAUGAUGCUCCAAGAAAUGGUCCAACAUUGUGGGAAAUUGGAAUUCCUGAUAGAACAGCUGCUGAAUUCUUCAUCCCUGAUGCACAACCAAAACUCUUGAACCAAUUAUAUGUUGUACAUAAUCAAGAAAGGUAUAGGCAAUAUGGAUUAUGGGAUAGGUAUACAGAGAUAUACCCUGAUGAUGAUUUGGUGUUUACUAUUGGAUUAAGUAACUAUCAAACAGAUUGGUUCUUUGCUCAUCUCAAUAGAUAUUUUUACAAUGAUGAUGGGAACAAGACUUAUGCACCAACAACAUGGCAAGUUCUAUUUGAUCUUGAAGAUGUUGAUCAGUCAUCAAACUAUACUCUUCAACUAGCAUUGGCCUCAGCACAUGAAGCUGAAUUGCAAGUUCGAUUCAAUGAUCCAGAAAUCGAUGCUCCUCACUAUUCGACAGGGUUGAUAGGGAAGGAUAACGCGAUAGCAAGACAUGGUAUACAUGGAAUAUACAGACUAUAUACUAUAAAUGUUCCUGGCUCUCUCCUUGGUUUUGGAACAAAUAUUAUGUUUAUCAAGCAAAGUAGAGGUGAUAGGCCUUUUAGAGGACUUAUGUAUGAUUGUAUUCGUCUUGAAGGUCCUUCAGAUGAAAGCGAUUGA